AUGUCAGGUCGUGGUGGUCCAAUAAAGAACGUUUUCGUUAAACUAAUAGUCAACGCUGGACAAGCAGCUCCAACACCCCCAGUUGGUCCAGCAUUAGGUUCUAAAGGUGUUAAAGCUAUUGAUUUCUGUAAAGAAUUUAAUGCAAGAACUGCUUCAUUUAAUCCAGGUGUUCCAAUCCCAGUUGCUCUUAUUAUUAAACCAGAUAGAUCUUUCCAAUUUGAGUUGAAAUCACCACCAACUGGUUAUUUAUUAUUAAAAGCCGCUGGUGUUGAUAAAGGUGCUUCAGAAGUUGGUCCGGGUAAAGCAUUUGCUGGUGAAGUUUCAUUGAAACAUAUUUAUGAAAUUGCAAAGAUUAAGAAGACUGAUUUGCGUCAUAAAGAUCAAGAAUUACAAGGUAUUUGUAAAAGUGUUAUUGCUACUGCUAAAAGUAUGGGUAUUAACGUUGUGAUAUAA